CGGUAGCGUCGGUUUCCAUCCUUCCUCCCGUUUCCAGCGUCAUGUGAAGGGGGCGUCUAGUAUCCCCCCCUGUUUUGUCUCCAGUCGGGACCCUCCCCCGCCGAGCUCUCCCAGCUUAUCGGCGGCGAGUGUAUGGGGAAGGCAGGCGCUCCCUGUAGCGGCUCCAGCGGGAUAGUGUCAUUUCUCACCGCGGUGCCCUGUUUAUCCUGUAAGCCUCAACCUGUGGUGGAGCGGAGGAUGAGCGACCAGGGGAAGGGCUCGGCAUCCACAGCUGCCGGGGCCCCGGCUCCCGGGUCGGACACUUACAAAGGCUGGCUAUUUAAAUGGACUAACUAUCUGAAAGGGUAUCAACGCCGAUGGUUCGUCCUCAGCAACGGCCUGCUGUCGUAUUACAGGACGCAGGCGGAGAUGGCGCACACCUGCCGCGGCACCAUCAACCUGGCCACGGCGCACAUCGACACCGAGGACGCCUGCAACAUCGUGCUCAGCAGCGGCGGCCGCACCUACCACCUGAAGGCAGGCUCCGAGGUGGAGCGCCAGCGCUGGGUCACCGCCCUGGAGCUGGCCAAGGCCCGGGCCAUCCGCAUGAUGCACGACCAGUCCGACGACUCGGGGGACGAGGAGCCCACCUCCCAGUCGGACCGCAGCGAGAUCCAGGGCACGCUGAAGACGCUGGCCAGCAAGCUCGACGACCUGAGCACCUGCAACGACCUGAUCGCCAAGCACGGCGCGGCCCUGCAGCGCAGCCUGAGCGAGCUCGAGGCGCUGCGCCUGCCCCUGGAGGGCGGCGAGAAGAUCAAGGCCGUCAACGAGCGCGCCACCCUCUUCCGCAUCACCUCCAAUGCUAUGAUCAAUGCGUGCCGGGACUUCCUGGACCUAGCGGAGACGCACAGCCGGAGAUGGCAGCGGGCACUGCAGUAUGAGCGGGAGCAGCGCAUCCACCUGGAGGAGACCAUCGAGCAGCUAGCCAAGCAGCACAACAGCCUGGAACGGGCCUGGAGAGAGGCGCCCGCGCUCGCCAGCAACACGCCCGCCACGCCCGCCGCGCCCGCCACGCCCGCCGGCCGCCAGGGUGAGAGAGCCGCCGGAGGGAGCGAGCGUCCACUGAAAGGGGAGGCCAGUGACGAAGAUGAGGAUACGGAGUACUUCGACGCCAUGGAGGACUCCCCUGCCUUUAUAACCGUGACCGCUGCUGACCACACCCAGCACAGACGCUCAGUCAGUAACAUCAGUGGGGCGAGUGGAGGCCAUGCUAAUGACUGGAACCAGGAUGAUCAUGCGUCCCCGACCUGUAAUGACUCCUCAGGGAAGGAGCUGCGCAGAAGGAGGCGCAGCCACAUCCCGGACAAGCCCAACUACUCGCUCAACCUGUGGAGCAUCAUGAAGAACUGCAUCGGCAAGGAGCUGUCCAAGAUCCCCAUGCCUGUGAACUUUAACGAGCCCCUGUCGAUGCUGCAGCGCCUGACGGAGGACCUGGAGUACUCUGAGCUGCUGGACCGGGCGGCCAGGUGUGAGAGCUCCUUGGAGCAGCUGUGCUACGUGGCGGCCUUCUCCGUGUCGUCCUACUCCACCACCGUGCACCGCACCGCCAAGCCCUUCAACCCCCUGCUGGGGGAGACGUACGAGCUGGACCGCCUGGAGGAGCAGGGCUACCGCUCGCUGUGUGAGCAGGUCAGCCACCACCCCCCGGCCGCGGCGCACCAUGUGAUAUCCCGGCGGGGCUGGACGCUGUGGCAGGAGAUCACCAUCGCCAGCAAGUUCCGCGGGAAGUACCUGUCAAUCAUGCCUCUGGGUGCGAUCCACCUGCAGUUCCACUCCAGCGGGAACCAUUACGUGUGGCGCAAGGUCACCUCCACCGUGCACAACAUCAUCGUGGGGAAGCUGUGGAUCGACCAGUCGGGGGACAUCGACAUAGUCAACCACAGGACCAAGGAGACGUGUCAGCUCAAGUUCUCCCCCUACAGCUACUUCUCCCGGGACGUCCCACGCAAGGUGACGGGCGUGGUAACCGACGGCGACCGGCAGGCGCACUACAUUCUGUCGGGCACGUGGGACGACAAGAUCGAGAGCGCCAAGAUCGUGCAGAGCAGCCGCGGGGGCGGCGGGUCGGAGGGCAAGCAGAAGACCGUCUACCAGACGCUCUCCCCAAAACUGCUGUGGAAGAAAUACCCCCUGCCGGAGAACGCUGAGAACAUGUACUGCUUCUCGGCUCUGGCGCUGACGCUGAACGAGGCGGAGGACGGGGUGGGGCCCACGGACAGCCGCCUGCGGCCCGACCAGAGGCUGAUGGAGGCGGGGCGCUGGGACGAGGCCAACGUGGAGAAACAGCGGCUGGAGGAGAAACAGAGGGCUGUACGCCGGAGGAGAGAGGCAGAGGCCUCCCACACGCUGGAGGAGGAGAGCGAUUGUGACUCUGGUGGGGAGUACGAGGCGUACCGCCCCCGCUGGUUCCAGAGGAGGAAGGACUCCCUCACCGGGGAGGCCAUGUUCAUGUACAAGGGCGGCUACUGGGAGGCCAAGGAGAGGCAGGACUGGAACAGUUGCCCCGAAAUCUUCUGAGCCGUUAACCCCACCCCACCCCCCCCGCGACCCUGUGACAUCAUCAGCAGGGGGAGGCAGAGGGCGGGGUCUGAGUGGACCUGCUGCCCGCCCUCGCCACGCCCACAGGCUCCGGAGACGAAGUGUUUCAUCACCACACCCCCCACGGCCCCGCCCCAACGUCUGUACUGACACUGACACUGUGUGUGUGCGUGUGUGUGUGUGUGCGCGCGUGUGUGAGAGUGUGUGUGUGUGUGUGCGUGUGAGAGAGUGUGUGUGUGUGUGUGUGAGAGAGAGUGUGUGAGUGAGAGUGUGUGUGUGUGUGUGUGUGUGUGCGUGUGUGAGAGUGUGUAGUUGUGUGUGCGUGUGUGAGAGAGUGUGAGAGAGUGUGAGAGAGUGUGUGUGUGUGUGCAUGAGUGUGAGAGUGUGUGUCAGUGUGUGUGUGUGAGAGAGUGAGAAAGAGUGAGAGAGAGUGAGUGUAUACUGUGUGUGUGCGUACAUAUGUGUGUGAUUCUGUCGGCGUACAUGCAUGCAUGCAUGUUUCUGUACGUGUGUGUGUGUGCGUGUGCGUGUGUGUGUGUAUGUGUGUGCGCGUGCGUGCGUGUGUGCAAGCGUGUGUUCCAACUCUGAUCUCCAGAUCAGUGAGAGGGCCAACCAGCCGCCCACCAAAGCUUCCAAAAAAUCAGGUGUUCUACACACAGUACCCACAAUGCACUCCUCUGCCCUCCACCGUAUUCUGUACACCUUCUGUAUUCCUAUAAACAGUGUUACUAUGUGGACAGAUCGGAACCAAUCAAGAGCUGAGUUCUGUGUGACCCCCGUGACACUGGCCAAUCAGACAAUUGGAUGGCGGAGGCCACGCCUACACCCACAGACCCAGAUGGGAUUAUAAUGGACAGCGUCUUUGCGAUCUCUCCGGUUUCUUCCACGCCACCUCAGAACGUCGCCGUUCUGCCUUUGUAUUUGCUUUGGAGCCAAAGCGUGGCCGUUUCGAUUGCGACGGCGAAAUCCGUCUUCUGCAUUUCCGUUUCACAUCACGAGUGUUUGAAAGCAGAUGGAGAUUUGGGAGCUGUGCGAUAUCUGUUGCACACCCUACCGCUGCGGUAGAAGGUCUCCUAUAGGUCACCUCAAGCCAUCUCAAAGGCCAAUGAACACUCAACUAUCAUCAUCUUUCCAGAGGAAGAGAUUUGUAUGUUUGUGGGCUCCGUGAGUUAAAGGCACAUUGAGCAUACCUCGUUUCUGAACCAUAAUGAUUUGCCCUAUGCACGCCACAUGAACUAGGUAACAGGAGCCGUGUUUUACUUUGAAUUGUGGUCUUACGUGACGCCCCAGAGGGAGCUGCCUGAUGGUACUCUUGCGCUCAGAAACCAUUGUAGAUGCAGUUAGCUGCACAUUGUACCAGUGAGUUAUAACCUCACGCACUCAUAAGACUGUGAUUGGCAUAUCCCUGGGGCCGUUCACGUGGACACACACACAUCCUGUACUCCACUCAACACGCAUUUACAGCAUCUUUUAUUUGUGCUGUGUUUGUGUGUACCCCUACUUCAACAGAAGGGAUUACUGUUCAUCCAAAGGUCAUGAUCUUGUCCUCAUUAGCCUCUGUAGGGGGCUUCAGUGUUUAUCAAAGUAAUAUAUCUAGUACUGUGGGUUAGACAGCAUUUGACAUUUACUGAAUUACUCUCCUGCUAGAGUAAAUGGAUAUACUUCACCCUUUCACCAGUUCAGGUGCUGACACUGAGAGUACACAGGUCCCCACUUUGGACACAUUCGUGUCGGGGGGUACACAAGGCCUUGUGUGGAGCAGGUCUUUAUUUUGGCAUGAUGAACACCAGCUAUUAAAGUGCUUUGGGCCGACUGCUCCCUAACACUGGCCCACUCACCCCACUCACCCCACUCAACCCGAGUGCUCAACUUCGGGGGUUGAGUUGGGGGGUGAGGAACAUCCCAGGUCUGGGUACCUGAGGAUAUUAUCAAAACUAGAACCGAAAUUUCAGGGCCUGGUACUCCCCCAGUUCCACACGGAGGUGAACAGAAGCAGGUCGUGGGUCCGUUUCCUCACCUGCCGUUUAGAAUGUAGAAAACCUGGCCAAACACAGAUGUACCUGCAGUCAAGCCUGUAUGAAUAUUUUGUUACAAGAAUAAUGUUAGCAGUAAAUAAGAUUUUAAAAAUAUAAGUAAUAUCAGUAAUACUGUACAUAAGUUCAAAUAUGUAGUUUUAACUAAUUGAAAAUUGUAAAUGCACAUUUUAAUCCUACGAGUCGUGAAUCUGACUCACUCCUUUGUUUGAUGGCCUUUUUAAGUGAUUUGUACUCUAAGAAAAAAGAUCUACACAGGACACACUGAAAAAAAAAGCAAAAAAAAACAUUAAUUAAAUUUCUUUAACCCUUGGAUGAAUUGCAGGUGCCAGUGGCAGGUGCACGUUCAUGAACACUUUUUAGCAGAUUUUUUCUGUUUGAUCCGUUGGUAUGCUGGCUGGUUUUGGUUGAGAGAAGAUGGUUUCACAGUUUUUGGGGGGAAAGUGUCGUCUUAAAACUGUUGUAAGAAAGCAGUCAGUCGAGUGUUGGACAGAGGGGGCGUUACCAUUACGUUACAGGUUUUCAGCAACUGUGACAUUAAACAAAAUGGCUGUCAUCUUGAGAGUGAGACAAAACAAAAUGGAGGAAUGUUUCGAUGCUGCUUACUUUGGCUGGUUCUCGCCGACUCCUCGUCGCAACAGUCUACUUUAAACGGCUUCGACCGUAGAUGCACUGUCUAAUUCAGACGUUUUAAUCGUGCAGUUGCUCUCUUGGGUUUUCUUCUUCUCCUCGAGACAUUGAAGGACACCUAGGGCUGUUCCCCCAAAUAUGAACAUACCUUUCAGUUCCAUUUAACGCAUGCAAUUGGUCUUGGUCUAAACGUCGUUGGCUUGACGUUAGUUUUCUAACAGGGGGCUCUUCCUGUGAAGGCUCUGCUCUAGUAGGGCAUGGGUGGGCUUCACAGUCAGGUACCACAUGGGAGAAAUGAGGGGGAAGUGCUAUUAAAAUGGUUAGGUUUUCUCAAAGAGUCAAUACUCCUUGGGAGGACGUGUUAAAUUGGACAUAGCAUCCAGAACUGUGUGUACAACUCUCGUAAUGCAGUCACAAAAAGCCACUUUCCUUGGUUUUAUGUUCUGAUAGGAAAUCCCUUGGUGCCUUUCAUAGUGCAAUGGGAUGUUACGGGGUGAAUGCAAGACCCCUCCCACCAAUGACCGUAAUUUUGCCUCAAUGAGAAACACUGUCUGAGCCUUGGAGGCGCAGGGCAUUGUGGGAAAUCGUUUGGCACGACCCUGACUCCGAUCUGCCUCGGUACCGCGCUGAGCUAAAGCCUGCAUUUCUGCACCAUUUGACGUUUGUUAUUACCUUUAAUAAUCCACGUUGUACUCAAGCACAUUCAUUUUGAAUUAAAGUGAACACACGCGCAUUAUAGACGAGUCCGCCGUAUGGACCGCGGAUGCAGGGCCUGCCGUGCGUAGUUAUAGUGGAUAGUAGAGAAACAUAUCAGAGUAGGAUAGAUAACAGGGUGUUUCUGUGUGGAUUGUGUCCAGGGCUCAACGCGAGGCAGUCAGUCCCAAACGCAUUUAAGAGUCCUGUGUCUGUCUCGCUGUGUUGUAUAUAUAUACACGUCACAUAAACAUUCAUCCUAAGACACUUUCAAGAAUGUCCAGUUACAGUAUCUUUGGGAAAGUGAAAAAAAAAAAAAAAAAAAAAUCAGAGAAGUGAAAAUAUUUUCCAUUGUUUGUUUUUUUUCUUCAAAAUGAUUAAUGUCAAUAACAAGAGAUCCAUAAAGAGAUUUAACUUAAAAUAUAGAGAAUUUAAAAA